AUGUCGUCUUCUUCCAGGCCGUCGUCUGCUGCCAACCCCCCGAGCGGCGAGGGUGUGUCCAUGUCCUACUACAACGACGCAGCUUCCGAGUUGGGAAGGAAGUUGACCCUUGGCGAUCGCGGCACCCCGUCGGACGACAUGAAGACCCGGUCUCAGGCCAAGAAGGAGUCGCAGAGCAAGGGCAAGUCGUCAUCCUCGAGUCGCGCUCAUGCUUCGUCGAGCAGCAAGAGCGCUGGGAAGGGGAAGGCAAAGGCACCGGCUGAGCCUACGCGGAGGCAGCCAAGACGCGACUCGACUCGACGGGCGCGAGACCCAUCGCCAGACGACGACGAUGAUGAUGACGAAGAGGAUGAGAACGACGAUGAGAGCGACGACGGUAAUGACCCACCACCAUCACCGCCGCCCCCGCAGACACCAAGCAUGUCUGUACAGGAGCGCAAUCGACGGGUCGUCUUUGCCAUCUUGUCUGUCAAUGACCCCAACAGGGGUUCGCUGGAUCCGAGUCUACACCUUUCACCGUGGGAGUUCAUUGACGCGAAUACUGAAACGCAACUAAACGCAAAGAGUCGGCACCAUCUUGCUCUGGCCAACGUUGUCUUGUCGCUGGUCAGGACCCAAGACGACCUCACCCGCCUCAUGCAAGCCACGCCCCUGAACGGCACCUUCUGGGGCGAGACCGUCGUCGCCGACCUGCGACACCGAGCCGAAACCGCUCUACGGCUAUUCAAAGGCCACCUGACGCCCCAACGCGACGCCCUCGACACGCUGCGCGAGUUCCGCCGCAUCUUCAAGUCCGUCGACAAGAUCCUCCGCGAGUGGCCCCUCGCCUCCAUGCACCGCGACUCCAAGGUCGCCCUCGUCCACCUCCUGACCCACAUCUUCAACACGAUCCUGCUCACGCACGAGGACGUGUCGCGCGUGGGCCAGUCGGCGCCCGUCUACGCCGGCAGCACGGACGCGUACAACCUCUUCGGCCGCUUCAAGUCGAGCCGCAACGACUGGCCGCCCUGUCUGGAGACCCUGCGCAUGCUGAUCCAGUUGGACUCCACGCUGUUCAACCAAAGCGCGCGUGCGUCUCUGAUUCACUCGUGUCAGCUGCUCGACUGGCAUCAUAGCCAAGGGCGGAUCAAGAACCAGUCGGCAGAGGACUUCAUGAAGCUGUUCAAGUGGUCGGUGCAGAGCCUGCCAGCAGGUGAGUAG